UUCACUCAUUUGACGUGAGAUAUUUUAUCAGUGUAGACAAGUCAGCGGACUCGAGCACAUGGUCGUUUAAGGGGUGGUCAUUAAGGGCAAUUAGAACAUUCGUUUCUCAGAAAUUACUCUAUAGUAAAUUACUCAAUAAUAAUAUACAAAAUGGGGAAAAAUAAGAGGACCCGAAAAGUUGUGACACAAAGAUUUGCACAAAUGAAAAAAAUGAUCAGUCCGAGCGAUCCAAGAAUUAAGCCAGAGCAGCGGGCUCCUCCACGCAAAAAGAAGCCUGAAGACCCAACCCAGCUGAAAGUCAAAGAGGCACCUCAACAAUCAUCAGCGUUAUUCUUCCAGUACAAUACGCAACUUGGACCUCCUUAUCACAUUCUAAUUGACACUAAUUUUAUCAAUUUUUCGAUAAAGAAUAAAUUGGAUAUAAUACAAAACAUGAUGGACUGCCUAUAUGCGAAAUGUAUACCAUACAUAACAGACUGUGUCUUGGCAGAAUUGGAAAAGCUUGGACAAAAAUACAAAAUAGCUCUGAAAAUCAUUAAGGAUCCUAGAUUUGAAAGAAUUAAUUGCUUGCAUAAAGGGACAUAUGCCGAUGACUGUCUUGUUAACAGGGUAACACAGCAUAAGUGCUAUAUAGUUGCUACUAAUGAUAAAGAUCUCAAAAGGCGAAUCCGAAAAAUACCGGGAGUUCCAAUAAUGUAUGUCUCGCAACAUCGAUACACAAUUGAAAGGAUGCCAGAUGCCUAUGGAGCACCAAAAGAAUAGGUUGAUAAAUGUAAAUAUUUUGUAAACAUAUGUCAAAGUUUGUGAAAGAAAAAAAUGUCAUCAAUAAAAAAUAGAACACUUUUAAA